CAGCCUCAGCCGCCAUCAUCCACCAUAGUCAUAGUCUUCGCAACAUGGAGGAAUGAAAAUAGUAUUGUUUACAGUGCUCCAAUUGUAGCUGCGAAAAUGGCGCUUCAAAUGUGCGAUUUUGAUAGUGUUUCGACCGAAUCAAUUUUUAAUUAUCGUGCGAUCAACGUGAAAGCAAGUUCUGGGCGGUUUCGAGGAAGAAUUCUACAUUGUUAUGUGCGACCUGUCUUGCCAGUGAAGGACACAUAUCAUCCUUGUACAGAUUUUCCUGGUCCUAGAAAACUCAGUUGGCGCAGUCUUAUUAACAACCGAAAUUAAUUUACAAACGUUGACCAUGGAUCUAUAUACCAGUUGUGUACAAAAAUAAAUAUAUUGAAACUUUUAUUGUAAAGCCGUUUUUUCAGUAACGUGCCAGUGACUGUGAUAUGGAUCUCCAAAGUUUUUGUGUUGGAAGUAGGAGGAAAGUUCAUUCUCUUCCGUUUCUUCGAUCAGCUGUUCAACCGACAGAAAAGAUGUCGAAGUCAUUUCAGUUCGGUGUUCCUGUGAAUAGGCCCACUGUUGAAGAGACUUGUUUUAAGAAAAUGCCAAACAUUUCUUGUAAUGCCAAGUUCACCUUUGAUGAAUUUACAAAAAAUCAGGAUUGUCAUUCAAAAAAAUCGUGUUUUGAUCAGUUUAAUAAAUUCUCUCAUUUUACUUUCUCAAGAGUAGUGGGAGGAUUUGUCGGCAGCAAGAGUCAGGGCGGUUCUGCUAGUAGGGAACCUCAUCAAGUGUGGGAUGUGAUUUUUCGACAGCUGGUGGAUACUGCAUGUCAAGCUACAAUGGAUAGCAAUGCACAACAAUAUUUUAGCAUUGGUGAUGCCGUUUCUCAAAGUAUUUUUGGGCAAUUUAAUAACAGGAAAAAUUCGACAUUGGAAUUCAGGUCUCUUCUUUUCGCCAGACCUUGUGAGUUUUUUACACCUGAGAAACCCAAAAAUAUGCCUAGUGCAAAUCAGAACCAUAGUCAAAACAAUGGUGGUAAUAUUACUAUUGGAGAAAAAAUUAAAUUGAAUAGAGUACCUGCUGAUGCUCAUUUAUGCGACUUGAAUCUGAAAAAUGAAAGUGCAAAGGAAACUGAUAUGCAGCAUAUUACAUCCAAACAAUCCUAUGCAGAUGUUGCUAAAGCAUUUAUAGCUGCAAGGUCUGUGCAGGAGGUAAAGUCAAGAAGGCAUUUGGGUAGUCCUGUUAUGCCGUUGCAACAAAAUCACAUAUUUUUGAAGUCUAGAAAUUCAAGGAAAAGAAACGAUGCAUUUAACAGGAAAGGUAGCAGACUGAGUGGAAGUGGUUAUUCUCAACCUCUCAACAAUUCUAGUCAGAAUCCACAUAAAAGAUCUACAGCAAUGCAUGAUAAAUGUGAAGAAUUUAUACCUUCAAAGUUUGCUAGAGCUAAGUCUCCACAUAUGCGACAUACUAAAAUAGAAAAUAUAAAUUUAAGUAAAAUGAGAACAAAUGAUAAAAACUCACAGUCUGUUGUGUUUUCAAAAGGACAGGAUGAGAGGAAAAGAUUUAAUAAGUAUAGAAACUCCAACACAAGGGAAAAGGAAAGGAAAAAUAUUGAUCUUCAAGUACAAGAAGACGUGUUUACUUGCAGUGUGCCAGAGCAAUAUUGUCAAAAUUGGCGAUGUGAACAUAAUAGAAUGUCCAGUGUUCACAGAGUUGGGGCAGAAUUUGGCAAUGAAAGGAAAGAGUUAAGGCUUAAAAAUUUCAUGCUACAAACUAGGCUUCAUUCUCCACCACCACGAACUCUUAUAUCAGAGUGUGUUAAAGUUAAAGAGUCAGAUGUAAACCAUCCAAAGAAAGAAAAUGGCUCUCUUAAAACUGAGAAGAUGAAUGAAGAAAUAGUGUGUAACAACAAGAACUCUCUAACUUGUUGUUCUUCAAAUUUGCCUGAGAGUGGGUGUGACGACUCAUCACUCUCAUCAAGCCCCACUUUUACUCCUGUAGUGUUGCCACCAAGGAUUAGAGUGGCAUCAGAAUGUUCAGUUGACAGUGAGGACAGUGUGGUCUUUGAAAGAGAUGAGCAGGAUUUGGAUGAGUCAGAGUGUGAUGAUGGACUUGAUUCAGAUUCUGGUAGUGAAUAUAGCAGUGCUGCAGAGUGUGAAUCUGAUGCAGAAGACUGCGAUGAGGUGGAUUUCUGCUACAUAGUUCCUUCGAAAGACAUAAAUGCCAAAAUUAAUGAAAGCACAUACACACAUGAUGCAUUUUCCCCUGUAUCAGACAGACUGAAAGAUAUUAAUGCAAAAUGGCAUAAAGAAUAUUCUUGUAUAUCAAAAAUAGAAAAAGUUCCCAAAAAAGUGCAUUUUCCUGGUUCAAAAAAACUCGCAAAAGUGCACCCCAUGGUUCACUGGCUCUUUGCAUACCGGGAAGCACGGAGAGGCCCUUGGGAAGAAAUAGGGCGGGACCGAUGCCGUUUUCAAUCCCGUAUAGAACGUGCAGAACAAGAUUUGUCACAUGUUUUUAAUCCUGAACAUCGCAGAAGAAUUUGGGAAGAACGAAUGAGUGAUGUGGGCAGUACUUGAACUACUUUUAUUGGAUAAGAUUUCCCCCACUGUGUUCGGCAAAAUGUAGAUUUUGCUAGUUUUGCCCUUUUUUAUGUAAGAACAUAAGAAGUGAAGUUUCCUCCUAUAACUUUUACUCUUCAUUGUUUUAAUAUUUCUGUUAUUCCAUGUAUAUAUAGUAUUUAUGUCAUUAACACUGUACCUGGUCUCAGAUUCCAUUCAGAUUAUAUUUGUAUCACAAAUGAAGCAUGUGUGGUCAGUGUAUUAACCUUUUCUGCUUGAGAAUGGGAGUGGGAUAUUGGUCUUUCUGUGUCUUUUGUUGUUCACAUAAUCAGAUCGAGAAUGAUGUUCAUUUGUUAGUGUAAUAUCUUUUCUGUUUUUGGAUAAAUGUUGACAAUUAACACCUGUUGCAUAAAUAAUGACUUUGUUGUUUUUGGUUGAAGGGAUGACUUUCAUGGAAAAAGCUUAACAUACAACUUGCAAACAACAAUCCAAGUCUUGUUUUUCAGUUGGAUGUGAGCUAGUUGCCAAAAUCAACACAAUUACUUUACUUCAUUUAUAGGUAAUCCAUUUCAUUCAAUUUUUAAUUCCCCCCCACCUGUAUUCCGCUUCAACUCUCAUUUACACAAUAAGAUAAUUUACUGUUGUUUCUUCUCUUGAAAUGUAAUAUCUGAAUUUGGAGGUGAUUACUGACCACAUUUGUUCCAAAAACAAUUUAAUUUCUGAAAAUGUGAUAUUAGAAAUCUACAAAAUUACUGUUUUUAUAUUGGAAAAUAAUAAUUUAUGAUAAAGGCCCAUUCCUGGUCCUUGAAUACAAAUGAACUACAGGAAAGUAUGCAACAUUUGCAUUUCUGUCGAGUUUCUACUGGCUCACAUUAAGCCAUGUUGGUAGCUAGUCAAAAAAUUAAUUUACUGGAGAAAAAUACAGAGAACUAUGAAUUUCAGUGUUCAAAAAUUUAUGCCACUUUUGUAUAUGUAUUUAAUCUACAAGAGAACAAAUGCUUACAGUCAUAAAUAAAGUACUUUGAAUCUCUCUUUUUUUUUAUAUAUAUAGUGAACAUUUAACACUAGUAGCCAAUUGGAACACCAUGCCAUACCCAGUUUCAUAAUAGUUAGCAACAUUUUUUAUUCAUUUGAAUUGAUAAUCACAAUGCUAAGUGCAAUAUGCCCAUUUAGUGUUUUUUUUUUUUUUUUUAUAUAUAUCUGUUCUUAAAGAUUCAUAAAACCAGACCAAAAGCCCGAGUGUUAUAUAUGUUUUAUUGCAUUGCUUUUGCAUGUUAUUUUUCAUAAAUGUUUUGAAGUGUAUAAUUUCUUGUAGAUUAAAACAAUUCCUCCCUAGCAAGUGAUAGAAUUUUUCUGGAGCUUUCAUGUUUCUGUGGGCAAAUGUUGAAAUACCAUCAUAGUACAAGAAGGGUCUGUAUUUUGUAUAAUGUGAAAUAUAUUUUCUCAUGCCAUUUUGGCUGAAUUCCCACAAAUGCAAUUAAUUAUAGUGAAAAUUGUCAAUGCAAAGGAAUAAUUAUGGCACCUUUAUAUAUGUUUUAGUGUAUAUCUUAAUGAUGUAGUUAUUUAGUGGGAUUAAAACCUACUUGAAAUAUAUAGAAUUAUAUAUUGUUAUAUAUGUUUAUGUGUAUAGAUCCUAUGGUCAAUUAAAAUGUUCUUUUCAUUUCAUUAAUGAUAGUUUUUAAUUAAGUAAAUAAUUUUACCUUUUUGACAUCAAAAAAUUAAUUAGUGAAAAUAAUUAUUAAACAAUUUAUUCCCCAGUAGGUCCUUGGCUCUUUUUGUAAUGAGCAUUCUCUUUUCUUUUUUUCUUAUAUAUCACGCAUUUUGAAGGGAAUAAAGUGAACCAGUUUGCAAUUCCAGUGUAGAUGUGAUGUCCUGUCUUUACCAUACUGAAUCUUGAGAGUGACUGCAAAGUUGACAGUAAAAACCUUAACCACAAGUUUUAAAUGUGCAUGUGUUCCUUUUAAUUUUUCUGGUUAUAUGUCUGUGUGAAUAAUACACAAAGGAUAGAUUUUUUAAAAUUAAUUUAUAAGGUGGUAUGGGAACAAAACCGUGUAAUUGUGCUACUGCAAGAUUGGGAAUUUCUCACGUCUUGCAUCGAGCAUUUAAGCAUUGAUGCACUUUCAGUACCGUGUCAUAGAAUAACACUUAUUGUGCGCAGAACUGCCCGAGUGCUCGUGUGCCAUUUUGUAUAAGAUACAAGGCAAUAUAAUGCAUGUCAAUGCAAUGCUCGUGUGCAGGGUCUCCUGGCAGAGCUCUUGCCAAAAUUUCAAACGGAAUGCUAUGAGUGGGUCUCUGACCCAGGAACUUCUGUUUCAAUGGAAAAUCAUGGCAAAUUGUGAUUUUAAAAUGUAUACAUAUUGUUUAUACAGUAUUUGUAUUGCAUUUAUGUGUAAACAUGGAGGAAAUGUGUAUGAAUUGAAGAUAAUUACAGUGUAAGUGGUAGUGUCUAAAAUUACUUGUGAAA